AUGGCCCAGUGGUGUCACUUCGAGACCGUUACACGGAGCAUUCGGCACAUAACCUCCCAGGACCGCGUCUGCGACUCUGCUGAGCGUUGCGGGAUCCAGGGUUCGAGUCCCGCUACUGCCGAGCCGCGCUGGGCGAGGGGUUGGCUGCGCGGCAGGUGUUGCGUUGAGGGCUCUGCGGCUGCUGUGAGCAUCCGGGGAGCUGCCUAUGUUUCUCUGCAGUCGGCGCCCGGGACAGCUCAGUUCUGCGCCCCCGAGUGUCUCCGCGUGGAUGAGUCCCUCCCGCCGGAGAGGCUGGAGAGCCCUGCCCGGCGGCCCGCGCCUGGCUCCGCACCGGCUCCACACCCGGCCCUGGGGCCGGCACCCGGGGCUUUGCUGGGUGGCCUGCAGGCCAAGCUCCAUCUGGGCUGGAGGCCUCCUCGGCUGCCCCCGAAGGACACCCCAGCUGCAUCCCUGCGCCUCCCCUUUACUUCCGACGAUAAUCCCUUCCGGUCCUUCCCAAACCCAAAUUCCAGGGGGAAGCCUCCCAUUUGCGCUCCGGCCAGAGGGGAGGGAGCCCGUGGCCCUGGGCGCAAGGGGAAGGCGGCCCGGCCCUACUGGCGGGAAGGGCCCGCUCGGUCCCUGGAGGAGCAGAGCCGCGUGCUGGUGAGCACAGCCCGGUCCGGUGGUCCCGUGAGCGCCGAGGGCACGGGCUUGUCUGCAGAGGGAACACGACAAAGAGGACUGUCGCGGGGGGCGGCGGGCGCGGGCCCGGCCUCCCCACCGGCCGCCCAGGCUGAGUGUGCGACGGCCGCCGCUAGGCGGGGUGGGCGCGGGACAGCACCCCCGGGGGCGCCGGGACGCCGCGGCUGGCCCUUUCCUUCCACCCCCGCCCAAGCCGGGCCUCGACGAACCUUCGGGAACGCGGGCGGGGCGGGGCGCAUGCGCGGCGUCAGGGCCGGGCGGAAGUGUACGUCGCCGUGCCGCCGCCGCGUGACGCACUUCCUGUUUGUUGUCGAGAAAGGAGAGAAAGGAAAGCGCGAGGAGCUGCCGCUGCCACCGCCGCCGCUGCCAGCGCCGCCGUGCCGGAGCCGAGGGGACCCGGGCCGCCGCCCCGCCGCGCCUCCUGCCCGCCGCCGGCUCCCUGUCCUGGGGUUUGGGACUUAA